AUGCGCGCUCGCAGAAGGAAGCUUAACGCCGAUGCCCGAGACAAAGUGUUUGGUAUUCUUGGAGUAUUACCGGAGACGAUUCGCAGCGAAUUUCCUGUCGACUAUAGCCUGUCCAUCAAGGAGGUAUACGUAAACGUCGUUGAUCUUCUUCUGUCCACCACGGACCGCCUGGACGUCAUUUACUGGUCGCACAUCACGGAAACAACUGCGCUUGGUCAUUUGGUCACAUUCUCCGCCUCCGGCGACACUACGGCGGAAUAUCGAUUUCUCGACGAGCGACGAAAGCAGCUCGAAAUAUCCGCCAUGCAUCUCGAUAUUAUUAUUAGCGCCCACGGAAUAGCCGUAGGCACGCUCUGCACCACAGCUGACUACAUCAUGGCCUUCUUGCACUGGAGGGCUCUGCUUCUGAACACCCUCAACGCCGACGACUCGCAUGGAAAGCACAGGACGCAUUUUGCCGCACCUUAUGUUUAG